CCGCGGAUUAGAGCAGAGAGCAUUCCCGGUACGAUGACAGCAUCCAGCAUUUAGCCACCAUCAUCAUCUGGCCCGGGCGGAUCUUUUCCGAAACAAAUCUCCUGCCCACCUGGACUUCUGCGCAUCACUGAUCUUUGCUGAGAUAAACCCCCCACACAGUCAGACGUCUGUGCGUCUCCUCCUCUGACCACGAGGUGGCCGCAACAGAUUGGGAUUUGGGCCCUGAUGAUUGCAAGGACCCCUCUCCACUUCUUUUCAGCCAAUCCUGGAGGGGUUACAGAGCGGAUGCCUCAGAGGACAAGGGGGCAUGUGUUUUCUACAGUCCUGAAGAGACAAGCUAGAUCUCGAUAAAUGGAGGAGAAGGAGCGAUGUAGAAGCAGGUCUCCGGCCAGGAGGGCCAGUCGGGUGCAGCAGGUGGUGGGAACAAUAAUACGACGCACCCGAGAAUCCCUGAGCAGAGAGCGGUUGCUUGGCGAUGGGAGGUCACAGCGCUCCAACAGUCUGUCCAACCAAAACUUCCAGGCCAAGCUUACGCUGCAGAUCACCAGAGACCCGGUCCUGGACCGGAGCACCGGACAUGGCUUCACCCUCACCACAAACCCACCCCUGCUGGUCAGGGACGUCGCCGCAGGGAGCCCUGCAGAUGGGAUAUUAUACCCAGGAGACCAGGUAGUGCAGAUCAAUGACAAAAUGCUGGAAGAUGUGAGUGCAGAGCAGGUGGAAAACAUCUUGAGGGACCUGGAGGACUGUAUCAAUGUGACUCUCCUGCGGUACAUGACAAAUCCCAAGUCAUCCAUCAUGUCAGCGGAGAAGAGAGCUCGUCUGAGGAGUAAUCCAGUUAAAGUGCGCUUUGCAGAAGAGGUGGUGGUCAAUGGGCACACUCAGGGAAACUCUCUUCUCUUCCUGCCCAACGUCCUAAAGGUCUAUCUAGAAAACGGACAGACCAAGGCCUUCAAGUUUGAUAAUACCACCACUGUCAAGGACAUUGUUCUGACUCUGAAGGAUAAACUGUCCAUCCGGGCCAUUGAGUACUUUUCCCUGGUACUAGAGCAACAGUAUAGCAUCACCAAGCUACUGCUGCUGCAUGAAGAUGAGCUCAUACAGAAGGUGGUGCAGAAAAAAGACUCCCAUGAUUACAGAUGUCUGUUUAGAGUUUGUUUCCUCCCCAGAGAUGCUAUGGACAUGCUGCAGGAUGACACCUCAACCUUUGAGUACUUGUUUUUACAGAGUGUUGGAGAUGUGCUGCAAGAGCGUUUUGCAGUUGAAAUGAAGUGCAACACAGCACUCCGACUGGCUGCCCUGCACAUGCACGAGAGAUUAGAUAGUUGUGGACAGACCAGGACGUCUAUCAAAAGUAUUACGAAAGAGUUUGGCCUGGAUAGCUUCAUCUCUCCUACACUGCUGAGCAACAUGAGGGAAAAGGACCUGAGGAAAGCCAUCAGCUACCACCUCAAAAAGAUCCAGUCCCUUCUAGAGCCACGCCAGAAGGUCAUUUCAGCUACUCAGGCUCGGUUGGCCUACCUCACUCAGCUCGGAGAGCUCAUUUCAUAUGGAGGACGCUCUUAUACAGCUACAAUGAUGCUUCAGGACAGAGAGGUGUUGGUCAGCUUGCUAGUGGGAGCCAAGUAUGGGAUGAGUCAGAUUAUCAACCACAAGCUCAACGUGAUCUCUACGUUGGUUGAGUUCAGCAGCAUCAGCCGAGUGGAGUUGCUUUCUGAGUCGGACAAAGUCAGCCUGCUGCGCAUCUCACUGCAUGACAUGAAGCCAUUUGCCUUACUGAUGGACUCUCUGGCAGCCAAAGACUUAGGUUGUCUGCUAGGAGGCUACUGCAAACUCCUGGUGGACCCCAGUGUUAAUGUCUUCCGUCUGGGGCGCCCAAAAGUGAGGGUGCACCGGAUUCCCGCUGAAGAAGGUGUGUGUGGGAGGUUCGCCGUAAUAAAGGGCGUGUGCUAUGAAUCCCUAUCAAGUUACGUGUCUCGCUGCUGCAGUGACUCAGAUGACUCGACAGACGAGGAUGACCCGAUGGAUUCUCAGAAUUACAAACGGCCGGACCCAGCAAGUCAGGACUGGGAAGAGAGGAGGAAAGAGGAGGAAGAAAAGAGGAGAGCGGAGGAGAGGAAAGAGAGAGAGGAGCACAAAGGCAAUCAGGAAGUAAAGAUUAUAGUGACAACAGAAGGUAAAGAAGAUGAGAAUCCCGAGGACGGAGAAGCAACAGGAAGUGGUCUACAAAAAUUGAGAGCUAUGGAUGAAGAAAUUAACCUGCAGACCGGCUGGUACCACACUGAUCCGCGGGUCACGAGCAGUUUCUCCAGCCUGUCCAGUGGUUCCUUGAGUGCCGCUCUGGAAGAGAGCAGUGCUACAGCUAAGGCCCCAUCUCGUGGACAACACACCGGAGAGGAUCAGCCGGGCUUGGACAUCCACCACCCCUACCUCCUGGAGCCAAAACGGCAUCAAGGACCUGUCCGGCCCACCAACCUCAAUUACCGUAACAAUGACAACUCUCGCCUCUGCUUUGUUGAGCUGUCCAAAGCCCAUUUUCUUCCUAGCCCACUUGGGGCUACUAGUGAUGAAGAGGAAGAGGAGGAGGAAGAGGAGGAGGAGGAUCUAGGAGUCAGCGUGCUCAGACGCAUUUCUAAGAUCCCUAGUUCAAGAGAUUUGAGAAUGAUUGAUAGUGCGCCUUUUGAAAGGUCACCCAUCAAAAGGAAGAAAAAGAUUCCCCCCAAAGUCCCAGUAAGGACAAGUUCAAUUCCUGGAACGAAAGGUGGACCGGAUGAGCCCCACUUGUCAAAUGACGAGGAAGGGCUGUUUCUAACUCCUUCACCUAACCCCAAACCAGCUCGUUUGGUCAAAGACAAUAUCUCCGAAUCUGAAGAUGAGUUUUUUGAUGCACCAGAGAAAUUUAGUUCACCCGUUUCUACCCUAUCAGACGCUGAGCUGGCUGAUCGGCAAAAUGCUAAUCGUUUGAGUGGAAAUUGGAACGGCCUUCCGGCGGGGAAAAGGGAUUCAUCCCCCCUUGCCAAUAAGGUCCAGACCUAUAAAAUCAAAAAAGAAUCAGAGGCAGUAAAAGCCCCAACAAAUCAACUCAUCAGCCAACGGUCAAGUCCGUCGAAGCCAUCACAGAAACAUGAAUCUAAAGUCAAACCACCAUUGGCACCCAAGCCCCAGGUGCCUCCCAAGCCUCAGGUCAUUCCUUCCAAGCUGUCCCAGCACGGGAGAUCAUACGCCCAAUGCAACGGGGAUGCCUCUGGAUGUUUGUCUUCUGAACUCUUGGAAAUGGAGCCAGACACCAUGGAGUUCAAAUCUGUCACUUCAGGUGGAUUGCCUUUGUCAACAUCCCUCAUUACAGCAGUCCGGUGCUCCAGGCAGCCACUUCCCAACUCAGUGCCACAAGCUGAGGAAAACACAAAACGACAAGCAAACAGCCCAAAACAAAGUAAAGCAUUCGAGAAAGGACUGCAUAUUGUUUCCAAAGACAAAACAUACAUUCCUGAUGAAAAGGUAACUCCAAGAGUUGAGGGGAUAAGCAAUGGGACUGACCUACCGUCAAACGUACACUCUAUCCCUCGUUCUAAUUCAGGUACAAAACUGACUCCCCCUCCAGUACCGCCCAAACCUUCUUGUCCCAUCAGUCUCCAUCCAUUAUCGCUACCUGCCAGCUCUCCUGUCUCUCCCACUGAUCCAAGUAAAGGAAUCCUUACGGACGCGGUAAGUCCAGCCAACGGAGUCCUCCCUUGGAGCAGCCGCAACGGCAGCGUCCAGUCAGGACCUAGGAGGGUCUCUCUGAGCCACGAGAGCCUUUCACCCAAAAACACAGAUGCAUCGCUUACUAUCACCACCUCCCUCACCUCAACCAACUCUACAGCUGUGAGUGGCCUGGAAAACCGAGAAUCUGGACGUUCCGGUUCAGGAUGUGACUUGAGAACUAGUUCUUCCAGCCUGGGCGGCAGACUGCCAGCGUCCGCCCUGAGAGGACGGAUCCAGUCUCUGCCUUGGUACAUGACCCGCUCCCAGGAAAUUCUAGGGACUCUAGACUAUCCCUCCACUAGCUCCAUCAAUGGAGAUACAUCUGGCUUUGGCUCUGGUUUGUCCGUAGCAAGUGGUUUAUCUGACCUGAACAAAACACCCGUGAAGGACAAAGAGACAGUGGCCUUGAAAUCAGAAAGUAAAGGGAACGUUUUAGAUGAUGGAGCUGAGGUUGUCAUCGCAACCAUCAAAGAAGCCCAGGAAGUGACCUCCCAUAUGAAAAGAGGCAAUGGGACACACGGCUCACACUUUAGUCUGAGUUUUAGAGAAAAUAGUGCCCAUAGUGUUUCAUCAGAGCAGCCGCAGGCAUGGUCUCAUUCAGGGUUGGGGUUAGGAGGCGUGUCUAGCAUGCAGAUUGGAGGUGAAUCCCCAACCUCUUCAGUCGCAGACACCACUCCUCCCCAGCAACAGCGUGAGGCCUGCGGGUGUCGCACUGUUUACGCCAACUGUUUUAGCGGCGAUGCUGAGGACGGUGUUAGCUUUGACGAGGAGCUCACAGUUUAUGAGUUCUCCCAGCGCAUACGACCCAAAGCUGCCCGCCCUGCGCCCGCCCUGUCUCCAACAACCCCUGCUCCAAAACCUAAUCUUCUGUCACUUUUGAGGGACAAUCCUCGGCCACUGUCUAGUUUUUCCACUGCCUCUUCUGAGAUAAGUCCUCUCGUUUCCUGUCCGGUUUCACCCACGACUUCACUCGGUGGUCCACUUCGUUCCCUGACCAACAAGAACUACGGGGGUCUGAAGGGAGGUUUCGCAUCUCUAAAUCAAGACAUAGAUCAGCUUCUUCUGGUGUUAGAGAGAGGAGAACUUGAGCAGUCACAUCAAAAUGCUAAAUUAGAAAGUAAGGGUAUAAAUGUAGGGGAAGACCUUAAUCAUAAUGCGAACGAAAACAGCAAUGCCCCUGCACAAAACCUGAACUGUACUGGGGGGAGUCCUGCCACCAUGACAGAGGCAGAGAGGAGUCUUCUCCAGACGGAGGCUCGACGGCUGGCGUCCGGGUGUCAGCGGGCCACACGUGUCGGCUGGGCGCCUGAAGAAGCGCUGCGUUCUUUAUCCAAUAGCUUCAGUGCCCUGGUCCAGCUGUCAGCUGCCUGCCUGCAAACGAAUCCCUGCCACGGUUGUGACGUCUGUCAUAAAGCAAGUUUGGUUGACAGGGAUGAAGACGAUGACGGCCAGCAGGCCAUGGACAAGCUAAAGGAAAUAGUAGGUCUGUACCGGGAGUUUGUUGGAGCUGUUGAGACGGCUGGAACUGGCGGCGGGGUCGGGAGUAAGAGUUCGGGGCUCUCCGGGUCUGCACAGGGUCAAGGGGAGGGGGAUGGGGUGAGGCUGCUAGCCAAACGCUGCACUGUUCUCAUCUCGUCCGUAUUCGCACUUACACAACUCUUCCGGACACGCACACAAGACACCGCAGACACGCCGGGCCAUGUACCUCUCAACUUCUGAGCUGUGAACUUUGAUCCACUAACUAACUUUGAAACCACUGACUCCGGAGGUGAGAAAAGAAGGAACAGCACAGAGCUGUCUGGUGUGUAACUCCUGUAUUCGUGUACAGUAAGUGCCAUACACACCAGAACACACACACACAGCCACAUUAUACACACUAACACCGCGCAUACUAUUAAAGAUGGGAGCAAAUGCCAUUGCUCUGCCAGACCUUGGACUUUUAUGGACUAUGCAUUUGUACAUAUGAAUUUUAUAAUUAACGUAUAAUUCUCUUAUUUUAUGAUACGAUAUGUGUAUGUAUGUAAGGAUGGAUUAUCUAUGUCCGUAUUUAUGUAUUUAUUUUUACAAUCUUUGCACCAUGAUCUGUGAUGUGCAGGUCUCUGGUAAGGAUAAAAAACAAAAAACAACUAUGGAUGUCACUGGAAUUUUUUUAAUGUUUCCCUUCUUUGAGACAGUAUUAUGCUAUAUUUUGCUGCUUUAAAGAUUUCUCCACUCCACAAGGUGUAAUCUGUAAAUUGUCAUUGUCAAGUUUAUUAUUACUGUGUGUUUACUGACAAAAAAAACACAGAUGAUAUACUUUAUCCCACUUGUGAAAUACAGUAAUUUACUGCUUUGUUUUAUAUGUGCAGGAUUUGCACCUUUUUAAGUAUUUAAUUUUUCAACAUUACAGUCACAGAGAUAUUGGAUACAAAACUAUACCAUUACACAGCAGGGAGAGCACUUUUGACUGUUACAGAUUGCACCUUUUUGAUAGACACAUAACCUUGUGUAAAGUGUUUUUUUUUGUUGUUGUUUUUUUUAACCUUUCCAUGUUCAAACUGACUCUGUGUAAAUGUUUUAUUGUAAUCCAUUACCCAAGCGUAUGCAGUAUUAUGACAUUAAUCUAAUUUUCAUCCAAAGGACACUUCAUAAAUAUUUCUGGGAAUGUGUGGAUGGAGCCCAAAAACAAAAUAGGGGACCUUAUUUAUGUAGUUGAAAAUGUUUUUGACUUGACACAAGGGGUGACUGUUAAACUCUGUCCAGAUGUAGCAAUGAUCCAAAGUCUUAAAACACUGAGCCACAACAGUUCCCCACCAUGGUCUCCUCCUUGAGCAUCACUUCAUUGUUAGCGUAGUAACUGACAAACUGACUUGCUUCAUGUUGGCGUCACAGCUGUAGAUAUAUGUCCUACCUUAGUUUAUGGCUAUGCAAACAUAAACUCCUUAACUCCCACAAACCUUGGUCAUGAUUUUUUUCUCCCUUUUUUUGCGCUAAAAAUCAAAACAACAACAGAUGCAUCCUGUUUGUUUGAAUAUAAUGGAAUGUUGGCUUUUGUCUUGUUUCGGGAAAAAAAAAACUUUCUGCAUUAUGGAUUGCAACCUUUUGCAAAGUUGCAUGGCAUUAGCAUUUGUCAAUAUAAAGACUCUUGUCUAUACCGAUGUCUGUGAAUCGACAGUAAAAGGAAUUCAGUGCUCGAUCAGUUUGAUGAUGUACAGUUUUCACCAAACAGCCAUUUCACACGAUGUUUCCCACUCACUUGAUGAGCCACCUGACUUGAAGGACUUUCCUGAGCUACCUUUGACAACGGAAAGCAAUUAAGCUUAAUCGGUCAGCAGUUGCUUAAACAAAUAUGAUGGAGUUAGUCAAGAAAAAAAUAAAAAAAGGUAUUCGUAAGCAUCUGGUGAACAGAAAAAAGCAAUGUCACUCAUCUUGAUAAAAGAUAAAAUAUAUGAUCAAAUAUGAAGGUAAAUCUCUUGUUUAAGACGUUACAGCUUCCAGUUGUCUCAGAAGCAAAGCCCAGUAGGUUUUAUCAUCACUGCGAUGUCUCAGGUGCGUCUCCUGUUGUUCAUCAGGCAGGUUAAAACUGCAAGUACAUGUCACCCUCCUCUCUCUCCCUAGAGGACAUGUAUGUGUUUCUACAUAAGCAGUCACGUUUUUCCCAUGUACGUACAACAAAGUCAAUGUAACAAGAAAUGUAUUGUUUUGGAAUAAAAGACACACUGACCUUCA